AUUUGGUAUUAAAUGAAAAUUUCCUCAGUGAAGUGAAAGGAAAUGAAGCAAACAGUCAUAUUAAUCGCAUUCCUAGCUGCACUGGCACAAUGUGUCCGUGCUGACGAAUUAAACGAUUCGAAUUCUGAUGAAGACGAAGGCGAAGGCGAAGAUGUCCCUGUUUUGACAAUAUCAAGUUUAUUGAAUGUAAGACUUGAGCAAGUCGAAAGCGAUCGUUUUAUAGUCAGCUUAACGAAAAUGAAUUGGUUCGCUGCCUAUGGUUUUUGUAGUCAACAAAAUGCGACAAUUCUAUCAUUGGAAUUGGGGAACUUUGACAUUAAAAAGCUAAAGUUCACAGAGUUUAUUAACAUUUAUCAUCUUCAAUCUCGUCCCUACUGGCUAUACGGUAAUCGCUUAGAAGAUGGUUUAACUUUCCGCUGGGGAUUGGGUGGUCUGCCAGUAUCUUAUACCGAUUGGCAACCCGGUCAGCCAGACAAUGGUGGAGGAGACCAACAAUGCAUGAAACUAUUUCCAUCUUUAAUGUGGGAUGAUGACGGUUGUUUUGCUCAAAAUUAUGCUGCAUGUCAAAAGUAUUAAUUGUUAGGCUCGGCAUUAUAUUUUGUUUGGAAUUGUACAUGCCUAUUUACAUGAAAACCAAAUUUAAACUUCCUUAUUAAAAGCAUAUAUACAUUUUA